CCCUACUGAGCAACCUUGAUAGCCCGACUACCUCCGCCUCGUCUCGCACGCCAAACCUUUUUUUCGUUCUCAUUUAGUCGAGCCCUAGGACAAGAUGCCCUGGUCCGCACAGAUAUGUCCAUUCUGUCAUAAGCGAUAUGCCAACAAAACAGCGCUUAAAAAUCACCUGUCGGAGUACACUGGCAGAUGGCGUCUCCCAGCCGAUGGGCACCACGAUGUCUUGCAGAUUAAAAAGGUUAUUCGCCGCCUCUAUCCUUCUUUCUACGACAAGGAUGAAGAUCGCAAAUACAGAUGCUGGACAUGUUCCAAGAUAAUCCCGUCUCGCCGACGGUUUACUGAGCAUGUUGUUUAUCGGAGCCACUGUGGAUUUGACCCGGAAUCAUGGGAGGGAAGUCGCAGCCUCCGCAAAUGGUCGCUCCCUUUCGAUGAGGACACUGUUCUUCUUCGUGAAGACCCAUUCCCGUUUCUUCAUCUCCCUCCAGAGUUGCGAUUCAUCGUCUACAGAUUUAUUUUCUGCUUCGAGGAAGUGAGCUUUGGCAAAGAGCUGCGUCGCACAUCAGUUGAACUCCACAGAAAUGGGCUCUGGUUGCAACAUAAUCCCGACAACAACCCACUGGCCAUCAUGUCCGUAAGUCAUCAGAUUUACGACGAAGCCCGACGGACAUAUUACGCUGAAAACAGGUUCUCAUUCGAAUCGUUCGACAACCUUCCUGUAUUUUUGGUCGGAAUCGGAGUGGAAAACGCCAUGCUCCUGCGUUCAGUGAGUUGCAAGGACAGAUCCGGCCAGUCCCAAGACUGCACAGGUCAUAUUCAAUCCUGUCUAAGACAGGCAGCCAGGACGGGAGAUGUCUCAACCCGGGACCUACACAUCCAUCCUGUCGAGGACCUGUAUCUGGAUCUUGCGAACCAAGAGGCAUUGAGACCUAGUUUCUUGCCCUUCUACUGGAGUGACAAUCGUCGCCUGCUGCGUCCGGAAGUUACGCCCGUCAAUAUUUACCCGAAUCGAAUGCGUUUCAUUCUUAGCGCCACCAUUCGACAAAAUGGCAACGACGGAGCAAAAGCCCAUCGAACAUAUAUCGCUGGGUUUGAAUUAAACGUGCAGAGGAAGCAGGGAGGCUCUUAGGCGAUAAGGGCAGCAAACUAGGAACGUAUGCUCAUGUAAUCACCAUCUUGUCGGUGGACGCUUCAAGGUGCCAGCCAGUUCAGUGCAGCCAGUGUAAGUAGAAGCCUGUUAGUUAAGCGCCUCUAGUCGAGACAUUGGUAAGAAU